UUCCGGGCACUUCCCUGCCUGAGCGUCACGUGACACCUUCCCUUUCCGGCCUCGCUUGCUUGUCUGACUGGGCGCUCCUUAGGGCUCGUUGCCGCGUGAGGAGAAGCCGUCGCCAUCAUGCCGGUCUACUUCCAGCGGCCCGAGAACGCCCUGAAGCGGGCGAACGAAUUUCUUGAGGUUGGGAAGAAACAGCCUGCUCUUGAUGUUCUGUAUGAUGUUAUGAAAAGUAAAAAACAUCGAACAUGGCAAAAGAUCCACGAACCAAUUAUGCUAAAAUACUUAGAAUUGUGUGUGGACCUCCGGAAGAGCCACCUGGCAAAGGAAGGAUUAUAUCAAUACAAGAAUAUAUGCCAGCAGGUGAAUAUUAAGUCCUUGGAGGAUGUAGUACGAGCUUAUUUAAAACUAGCAGAAGAAAAAACUGAAGCUGCUAAAGAAGAAUCUCAACAGAUGGUCCUAGACAUAGAAGAUCUUGAUAAUAUCCAGACUCCAGAAAGUGUUCUCUUAAGUGCUGUAAGUGGGGAAGAUACCCAAGAUCGAACUGAUCGGUUACUUUUGACUCCGUGGGUUAAGUUUCUGUGGGAAUCAUACAGGCAGUGUUUGGAUCUUCUCAGAAACAAUUCCAGAGUGGAGAGACUCUAUCAUGAUAUUGCCCAACAAGCUUUCAAGUUUUGUUUGCAAUAUACUCGUAAGGCUGAAUUUCGUAAACUCUGUGACAACUUAAGAAUGCAUUUGGGUCAAAUUCAGCGUCAUCACAAUCAAAGUACAGCAAUCAACCUCAAUAAUCCAGAAAGUCAAUCAAUGCAUUUGGAAACUAGGCUUGUACAAUUGGACAGUGCUAUCAGCAUGGAGUUGUGGCAGGAAGCUUUUAAAGCUGUGGAAGAUAUACAUGGGCUAUUUUCCUUAUCCAAAAAGCCACCAAAGCCCCAGCUGAUGGCAAAUUAUUACCACAAAGUUUCUACUGUAUUUUGGAAAUCAGGAAAUGCUCUUUUUCAUGCAUCUACACUUCACCGUCUUUAUCAUCUUUCAAGAGAAAUGCGAAAAAAUCUCACACAAGAGGAGAUGCAGAGGAUGUCAACAAGAGUGCUUUUGGCUACUCUCUCAAUUCCAAUAACUCCUGAACAAACUGACAUUGCUCGGCUUUUGGACAUGGAUGGCAUAAUUGUUGAAAAGCAACGCCGAUUGGCAACAUUGUUAGGACUUCAGUCUCCACCUAAUCGAAUUUCUCUUAUUAAUGAUAUGGUGAGAUUUAAUGUAGUUCAGCAUGUUGUCCCAGAGGUAAAAGAGCUUUAUAACUGGCUUGAGGUAGAUUUUCAUCCACUAAAGUUAUGUGGCCGCGUAUGCAAGGUUUUAAACUGGGUAAGAGAUCAAUCUGAGAAAGAGCCAGAAUUGCAAUUAUAUAUUCCUCAUCUGCAAAACAACACCAUCCUUAGAUUACUUCAGCAGGUGGCUCAAAUUUAUCAAAGCAUUGAAUUUUCUCGCUUAACUACUUUGGUUCCUUUCGUGGAUGCUUUCCAACUAGAGCGCGCCAUUGUUGAUGCAGCCAGACACUGUGAUUUACAAGUUCGCAUUGAUCAUACCACCCGAACAUUAAGUUUUGGGUCCGAUUUAAACUAUUGCACCCGAGAAGAUGCUCCUCUUGGACCUCAGCUGCAGAGCAUGCCUUCUGAGCAGAUUAGGAACCAGCUGACGGCCAUGUCAUCUGCACUUGCAAAGGCUCUAGAAUUUAUUAAGCCACCUCAUCUAUUGCUAGAAAAGGAAGAACAACAUCAACUGGCAGUUACAGCUUACUUAAAAAAUUCAAAGAAAGAACAUCAGCGUAUCCUUGCCCGCAGGCAAACUAUUGAAGAAAGAAAGGAACGUCUUGAGAGUUUGAACAUUCAGCGUGAAAAAGAAGAGCUGGAGCAGCGUGAAGCUGAACUCCAAAAAGUGCGUAAAGCUGAAGAAGAGAGACUGCGCCAGGAGGCAAAAGAGCGUGAAAAAGAGCGUAUUCUGCAGGAACAUGAGCAAAUUAAAAAGAAAACUGUUCGUGAACGUUUGGAGCAGAUUAAGAAGACAGAGCUGGGAGCGAAGGCCUUCAAAGAUAUUGAUAUUGAGGAUCUUGAAGAAUUGGAUCCAGACUUCAUUAUGGCAAAACAGGUUGAACAGCUUGAAAAAGAAAAGAAGGAAUUGCAAGAGCGACUGAAGAAUCAGGAGAAAAAGAUUGACCAUUUUGAAAGAGCAAAACGUUUAGAAGAAAUUCCACUGAUUAAGACUGCCUAUGAAGAACAAAGAGUCAGAGAUAUGGAUCUUUGGGAACAGCAAGAAGAAGAAAGGAUCACCACCAUGCAACAGGAACGUGAAAAGGCUCUUGAGCAUAAGAAUAGAAUGUCACGGAUGAUAGAAGACAGUGAUUUUUUUAUAACUAGGCUCAAGACUGCAAGGAAAUCAGUUUAUGAGGAAAAACUUAAACAAUUUGAAGAAAGGUUAGCGGAGGAAAGAGGUAGUCGUUUAGAGGCACGUAAGAGAGAGCGCAAAGAAGAAAGACGCAUCACUUACUAUCGUGAGAAAGAGGAGGAAGAACAAAGGUUGGAAGAGGAGAAGAUGCUUAAAGAUGUGUGUCAUGGCAGCUACUAGAAGUAGACAUUUGUUCGGGGUAUCUGGAAAAUCAAAAUAGAGGUCGGCUUUGCCUUACUACCAUUUGUUUGCUGCCUGUUCAAAGUUAU